CGGUCGACGCGCUCGACGCGGUCGACGCGAGCGAGGCGCGCGCUUCGAGCGACGCGAAGGCGUCGGACGCGAACGCGAAGGCGUCGAGCGCGAACGCGGGACCCGACGGGCGGUGAAGGCGCGCGACGAAAGACGAGGAAGGCGCGCGCGAACGAUGAACGCGGAGAAGAGGGCGGAAAUAUACACCUAUGAGGCGCCGUGGAUGAUCUACGCGUGCAAUUGGAGCGUUCGACAAGAUAAACGCUUCCGCCUCGCCUUGGGUUCGUUCGUGGAGGAGUAUAGCAACAAGGUUGAGAUCAUCACCUUGGACGAGGAAACCGGGGAGUUUCCGAAGGAGGCGCAGUGUUCGUUCACGCAUCCGUAUCCUUGCACGAAAAUUUUGUUCAUUCCGGACAAGGAGUGCACGAAGGAGGAUUUGUUAGCGACGACGGGGGACUACUUGCGAAUCUGGCAAGUGCAGGAUGAUAACACGGUGCAGAUGAAAUCUUUACUGAAUAAUAACAAGAGCAGCGAAUUUUGCGCACCGCUGACGAGCUUUGAUUGGAACGAGACCAAGCUUCAGCGAGUGGGGACGUCGUCGAUCGACACGACGUGUACGAUUUGGGACAUCGAGCGCGAGUGCGUGGACACGCAGCUCAUCGCGCAUGAUAAGGAGGUGUACGACAUCGCGUGGGGUGGUCCAGAGGUUUUCGCUAGCGUAAGUGCGGAUGGAAGUGUGCGAGUUUUCGACUUGAGAGACAAGGAUCACAGUACGAUCAUUUACGAGAGUCAAACUCCAGACACGCCGCUGCUGCGUUUGGGGUGGAACAAGCAGGAUCCGAGAUACAUGGCCACCAUUUGCAUGGAUAGUCCGGUGAUCAUUCUCGAUAUUCGCUUCCCGACGUUGCCGGUCGCAGAACUUCAGAGUCACAGAGCGAGCGUGAAUACAUUGGCGUGGGCGCCACACAGCUCAAGCCACAUGUGCACGGCGGGCGACGACAGUCAGGCGUUGAUUUGGGAUUUGUCGUCCAUGAAUCAACCACCCGAAGGCGGUCUCGACCCUAUUCUCGCUUACUCUGCUGGAGCAGAAAUCAAUCAGUUACAGUGGAGCGCGUCGCAACCGGAUUGGAUCUCGAUAGCUUUCCGAAACAGCCUCCAGAUCCUCCGAGUUUAGUCAACGCGCUGUCAGGUCUGCGCCGACGCCACUGUAUAUUACCCGAAUUUCCGGAUACGCGACACACGACACACGACACGCACGCACGUAG